UUUUACCCCAAAAGUUUCCCGGUAUAACAAAAUUUAGGCCCAAUUGCAACAAAUUAGCUUCGUUCCCGGUAUAAGCCUUUAUAUAUAUCUACUGUGUGUCUGUGUGAGAGAGAAAACACGGCGAUGAAGAAACCCGGCGGAGCGGAGAAGAAGAAGGUGAGACGAUCUCCCGGUGUCGCAUCUAACGGCUCGAAUAGCAUUUCUUCUACGAAACAAGGGGCGAAGGACGUCUUCCAGCUGUUUGCCGAGAAAGCAAGAGAUCAUAAAGGCUUAGUUUCACGUUGGGCUGUCCUGCAGGAGACACGGGUAGAGUAUUUCAGGGGAAAAGAUUUUGUCGCUUUUGUGAGAAAUCAUUCAGAACUUAAAGACAUACUAGAGUCAGAUAAAGGUUUGGAGCCUGAAGAUAUUGCCAACAUUCUGCUUCAAAAGAAUCUUUUAGUCCGCUGUGAUCGUGUGGUGAAAAUUGUUCGACCUGGGAAGAAAAAACUAUCUUCUUGGCCAGCACAUUUAGAGAUAUACCAUGAUCAAGUAUUUUCUGAAAAUGAUGCCUUUUUUGCAUGGGCAUUUGUGAAAAGAAGACCCCUGUGGCAAACACUUCUCUCAUUUUUCUGGCCGGUGUUAACACUAGCAAUUUGCUUGUUUCCUGUUUAUCCCCAUUGGGCCAAAUUGCUUGUACUAUACACGUGUGCUGGUCUCCUCCUUCUCAUACUUAGUCUGCUAUUCAUAAGAGCUUUGAUCUUUGGUGCUAUUUGGGUACUUUUUGGGAAGCGUGUAUGGUUUUUCCCCAACAUUCUGGCCGAGGAAGCAACACUGCAAGAUUUGUUCCAAGUUUGGCCUCAGAAGGAUGAAGGCGAGCGACCUAAGUGGACAGCAAGGCUUUUCUACGCGAUAGUAGCUGUGGUUGUUAUUUUGCUCCUGAGGCAUCAUGCUCCUGACGAGGCUGCAAGAGCCAGGUAUCAGAAACGAGUUUCCAACAUUAUCGAUGAUGUGCUCGAGUGGUCUCCAAGACAGGCUUUAUCAGGGAUGAUGGAUACCGUUGUCAAUGUCACCAACUCAAAUGAUAACGCAACUGAUGAUAGCAAAACUGGCAGUGAAAGAGUUCAUUUCACAGACGAUUUAGACGAAGAAACCGAUCUGAAAGAAGAGAGUGAGGAUGUUUUUGGAAGCUUAGAAGAUAGUGAUCAUCAGCAACAUGACCUGUAAUUUAUAUAAAUGUUGAAACAUAUGCUUCAAAAUUAUUAUUUUACUUAUUAUGUAUCAAGUUUUCAUCCUCUUUGUUAUUCUCUUUUGUGGUUGAACUUUAUUUUGGGGCAUUUCAUUGCCAACUGCUGAAUUUGAGAACCAAGGGUGAGUUCCCUGUGAAAAAGAGAAAAAAAGGGUUUUUGAUA